AAUCAUAAUCCUUAUGUUGUCUACCUCUUUGAUUGUUAAGAUGCUUCACAUUUUCUUAUAUGUUCUUAUUGCAAAUUUAUCAGAUUGAAAAUAAAUACGGAAAUAUUGAAAGGAAGUUUGGGCAGAAAGGAAAGGACUAUGUUAAGUGGGCAGCAAAGAUGGCUUUAAGCCUUGGUGCUGGGGUUCCAUGGGUGAUGUGCAGGCAAACUGAUGCUCCGGAUGAAGUUAUAGAUGCAUGCAAUGGAUACUACUGUGAUGGUUAUAGGCCAAAUUCCUAUAACAAACCCACGCUUUGGACUGAAAAUUGGGAUGGAUGGUAUACGACAUGGGGUGGAAGAUUGCCUCACAGACCUGUAGAAGACCUUGCAUUUGCAGUCGCACGCUUUUACCAACGUGGAGGGAGCUUUCAGAACUACUAUAUGUACUUUGGUGGAACAAACUUUGGUCGAACUUUCGGCGGACCGUUCUAUAUUACUAGUUAUGAUUAUGAUGCUCCAAUUGAUGAAUAUGGCUUAUUGAGUGAGCCUAAAUGGUCCCAGAAGAUGUGAGAGCUCCAUUGCGACACUAUAUUUUGGAACAUUUUGACAUCAACUUGAAUGAUGAGACAACUAAAAAAUGCAUUGAUGAGCAAAUGAGAAAAUCUUGGAAGGGUCAUAAGUACAAGCUGCACUUAUAUUUCAAAGAAAUUGGAGGAGAAAAUGAUCUUGAGAUGGCCAAGAGCAAACGUCAUCCAGACUUAAAAGAAGAACAUCAAGAAGAUUGGAUGAUUUUGUGUGAUCGUUGGUGUUCUCUUGAAUUUAAGGUAACA